CACCACAUCGACUCAGUAAUCACUUUCGCAACCUUGCUUCUAGACAUACACCAUGGUGGUCUCUUUCCGAGUGUUCAAGAAAUCCUCGCCCAACAGCAAAUUAACCAUCUACCUUGGGAGACGAGAUUUUGUGGACCACGUCUCGGAGACCGACCCUGUGGAUGGUGUCCUUCUGGUGGACAAUGACUAUUUGGCUGGGAGGCAGAUCUAUGCCCAAUUGGUGUGCUCCUUCCGAUAUGGUCGGGAAGAGGAUGAAACCAUGGGCUUGAACUUCAAGAAAGAACUCACUUUAGCCGACGAGCAAGUCUACCCGCCCACCCAGCAUAAUCCGAGCUUAACCAGGCUCCAAGAGAGGCUGAUGAAAAAGCUGGGACCGUCGUCCUUCCCGUUUAACUUCACGUUUCCCCGUCAUUCCCCCACAUCCGUAACUCUGCAGCCAGGCGAAGAUUCACAGGCGUCGCCGUGCGGCGUGGAAUAUUUUGUCCGAUGCUACGUUUUGGAGACGGACAAGGAGCGCUCCCAUCGGAGAUCAGCCGUGUCCCUGGCCAUUCGUAAAAUUCAGUAUGCCCCCACGAAACCUGGUCGCCAACCCUGCACUGUGGUUCGCAAGGAUUUCAUGUUCUCUCCAGGAGAACUGGAGUUGGAGGCCACAUUGGACAGGCAGUUGUAUCAUCAUGGCGAUACCGUGUCUGUGAAUGUGUGUAUCAAGAACAAUUCGAACAAGGCGGUGAAGAAAAUUUCGGUAUCUAUUUUGCAAUGCAUUGACAUUGCAAUGUUCACGGGCGGACAUGCCAAAGCUCGCGUGGCAAGUGUGGAAACUACCGAGGGUUGUCCCGUUGAGCCAGGAUCCUCCAUGCAAAAAGUGAUCAAAUUGGCGCCUGCGCUGAAGAACAUGCGCGAUCGCUUUGGGAUUGCCCUGGAUGGACGCCUUAAGGGCGAGGACACGGAUUUGGCCUCGUCUACAUUGCUGGCAGAUGAAAACAGCAGGGAUAUCUUUGGGAUGGUCAUCUCGUAUACGGCCAAGGUCAAAUUGUUCUUGGGUGCUAUUGGUGGUGAAUUGGCGGCCGAAUUACCUUUUGUCUUGAUGCAUCCCAAACCCAACAUGAAGAGAAUUAUCAAGGCGGACACUUUGGCCGAAGUCGAAGGCUUCAACGCAUCCAUGGAUGAUCCUACCUGUGACCCAAGCAAUGAGAUGGACAAGCUCAGUGUCAAGGGAUAAUGAAUGGAAUGGCCCAAGCAGUAGUGUAGUGUCGGGCUCAUUUCGCUUCAUUUGCAAGCUAUUGGCGGCGUGUAUGAUUAUAUUUUAUGCUUUCGCGUAUUGUAACAAGUUUAGUGGGUAGUGGUUUUGCUGAAAUAAAUAUUUUUGUGCGCCCUUGGCCAAGCAAGGGAGAAAGAAAAAAGA